GAAACGAAAGUAUUCUCACUGUGAAUCACAACGUGAUUGGCUGAAUAAUGCUCUCUGGCUUUUCGACCCCUGCUUUCAAGAACUAUUCUUUCUCGCCUGUAGAUCCAAAAGGAAGCACCUUUCGCUUUCAGCGGUCUUCUCUCUCUCGGUUUCGUUUCGAGCCAUUGGAGCGAGCUUCCCGCGAGGCCGUAGAAGAAAGAUCCGGAGCUCCGGGAGCCGGAGACUGCCGUUUCUCUUGCUCCCAAGUGCUGUUCUGUUUCGGAUUUCGCCCACUUUCUUGCUGAUUCUUGAGGUGACCCGAGUGUUUUGUCAAGUGUUUGAGCGUCACGACCUAUGGAAUGUAGAUCUUUUCGGUUGCUGAACUGCAGAUUUUGGUGCUUGUUUAUGGUUUUGUUGGUGGGUUUGUUUUGAUUCGAGAUUUGCUUCUGGGAGUUUUGAGCUUGCCGUUCUUGGUGAUUUUAGUUGGUUUAAGAGGUCAGUUAAAGCUCAGAACUUCCUGGUCCUUGAUCGCGAGCUGCGCUCCGAAGUGAAGUGGGUUUCAAGAAGUUUUGCUUGAGGUGUGAGUGAAUGGAAAUUCGAGAAUGCGGAGGCAAUUAUAUGUUGGCUUCGAUUGGCAGUUCACGAAAUGUAUGAGCACAAUUGGCUCAGGAUGGUGUCCUCAGGAGGGCACAAGCUUUGACCUUUUUUCUGUACCGGCGCGGUGGGCUGCAGGUUGAUUUGUGUGUUUAUCUGGUUGAGCUAUUUGGGAUAUUGAUUCUGGGGUGCUUAGGUGUUGAUUUAAGAUUCUUGCGCUUACAAAAAAGGGCCAGGACUAUAUUGUUGGUUCUAUACAAAUAGGGUCACAUUAGAUGGUGUUUGGUUGCAUUUGCUCGUUCACUUAGCCCCUAUAGGAAGCUGGAAAUUGAAGCCGUUGAACCUUUGACCGAUUUUUCACUAUGGCAUCCAUCAGAAGGACCUUGUCCCCAGUUCCUCGACCUGGAACUCUGCUAAAUGGCGAAGCCUGUUCAGUUUCAUCUCCUUUGUCAAAGUCAUCUUCUUGUGCCCCAACCCCAAGUCAAACACCAUCAGGUGGAAUACUGUCAAUUUUGGUGGGUUCAUUGGAUUCUCUGGCUUUUGCACUCAGAGCUUUCUCUCAACGACCCUCUAGGCCUUACGAUAGGCAAAAACCAAGAGGGCAAACUUGGAGAAGGGCAUUAUUUCAUUUCUUCAUUUGUUUUGUCAUUGGGAUGUUCAUUGGAGUUACCCAAUUUGCCUCAAUGAAUGCAUCGAUAAACUUCAUUUCAAAGAACCAUGCCAUAUCCUUUGAGCCGAGCACAACUUUCAGGAAUAACCAGUUACAAGAUGAUGCAGCUAGAAAUGCGACACCAUUUUACAGUAUGAACAAUGAGAAUGACUCUACCCUGCAGCUACAAUCACAUCAGCAGCUGUUGUAUUCGAUUGCUCAAAAUAGCAGUAAUAAUGAAUCAGCUGCUAAAUAUGCACAUGUGGAAGUUCAGAAGCUUCUGAUUGUUGUGACCCCAACACAGAGACACCCACUUCAGGCCUAUUAUCUUAAUCGUCUGGCGCAUACACUGAAGCUGGUACCACCUCCUUUGUUGUGGAUAGUUGUGGAGAUGACCUCACAGUCUCCAGAAACAGCUGACACCUUGAGGAAGACUGGUAUCAUCUAUCGGCAUCUCGUGUGCGAUAAAAAUCUGACCGAGGUCACAGAUGUAAGAGUUCACCAAAGGAAUGUGGCGUUAUCUCACAUUGAAACACAUCAUCUUGAUGGAAUAGUUUUCUUCGCAGAUGAGGAUAAUAUCUAUGCAACCGAUCUAUUUGAUCAAAUGAGGCAAAUUAGGCGCUUUGGAACUUGGCUGGUGGCCAAAGUGACAGAUAGCAGAAGCAGAGCUGUAUUGGAGGGUCCCAUUUGUAAUGGCACUACUGUACUUGGGUGGCAUGCAACUGAAUCAAGGAGGGGAUUCAAAAGAUUUUAUGCCGACUUAUCAGGAUUUGCCUUCAAUAGCACAGUACUAUGGGAUACCAAGAGAUGGCACAGACCCACCCUCGAACCCAUUAGGCAAUUUGACACACCAAAAGACAAAUUCCCAGUGAGCACAUUAGUUGAACAAAUUGUGGAGGAUGAGAGCCAGAUGGAAGGCUUACUCCAAAACUGCUCAAGGGUGAUGGUUUGGCAUCUUCAUGUGGAUUCAUCUAGUUACUUUUAUCCACAGAGUUGGUUGACAAAGAGUAAUCUCAAUGCCACUGCCUCACUGACAUAGCAGUUUGUGGGGGGAAGUUGUUCAAUUGAUACUUCAAGCUGAUGCAUGUUUCAGAGGGAUCUGAUUCUACUAGGUCGGCAUUCAAAACGAGGACCAUCUGCCGAAGAUUUCUCUUUACCUGAAUUUUGCUUUGGUAGCAUUGUAUUCAUCUCCUACGGUUUUGUAAUUGUACAGUCAUAUGAGUCUCUUUAUUUCUGGAUCCUCUUGGAUUCUUUAAGCAAGGAUAAAUCUCAAUUGAGCUAGAUUCAGCUCUGCCUGCUUUAUAUGUAAAAAACUGAGUAAAAAAGAGAUAAAUCAAGGCAGAUUUAAACAACGAUUUCUUGCUGCCA